UGAGGGCGCGAUUUAUCACAACAAAUGACGUCAUGCAACGCGACGCUUUCGUGAACAAUGGCUGUAAAAGUCGUCCGAAUUCAACUCGAAAUUACAAGAUAACCAUGAUAACUAGACCUCUGAAGGUGCUGAAUUGAACGUUUUGUUGAUAUUAAGCAGUUGUAGACGGCAUUGUAUUCGAUGGGAGGACUCGCCUUUUUUAAUGCCAGCAAUGGUGCAGAAGGAGACACAGCUGCUUUGUAUAGUUUUUUUUUUGUGAAUGGCGCUGAUGUGAGUGUAGAAGACCCUUGGUGUUUUAGUUUCUGGUACAACAUGUUCGGGCAUGAUAUAGGCGCUCUGAAAGUAUAUCUAAUCAUUGAUACACGUAAGUAUCCGCCAGGUCCGCAGGACUUGAUUGAGCCCCCUUUCAGCGUGAUUGGUCAACAGACGGGUCCCAAUGCCUGGGUGCAAGCCAACCUUAAUAUUACGGAGGAAGACUUUGCAGUGGCCAUACAAGUGACAAGCGGUACGGGAGAAAGGGGCAACGUUGCAAUCGAUGGCCUCGGCUUUCAAUGCCAAAUGUGCCCAGCGCCCAAUCUCAACUUCAGCUGCAACUUUGAGCAAGGACCGUGCGGUUGGACGCAAAGGACCGAUGACAAUUCGAAUUGGGCAUUGCAGUGUGGUGACACACCGACGGAAGAGACUGGACCGUUGUAUGACCACACCCUGGGAGAUUCCAAUGGCAAGUACUACUAUAUGCAUGCCAGACCGCUUGAUAUGGGAGAUAGAGUGGUACUUCUGAGUCCUGUGGUUGCAGCGAACGAAUCUCAGUCAGUCUGGUGCUUCAGUUUCUGGUACAACAUGUAUGGACGGGGGAUUACAGAAGGAGGUGCUCUUAAAGUGUCCGUAGGCCUAUACCCUGUCAAUGAGUCCGCUUACCCUGCCAAUGAGUCACUUGUACUGAGCAUAGCAGGCCAACAAACCGGCCCAAAAGUCUGGAUUCAGGCUAAGGUUGCGGUUAAUCAGACAUCGGAUUUCCAAGUGGCGAUAGAGGCCAGGAGAGGUGUUUCAUCAACCAGUGACAUAGCCAUCGAUGACGUCGAUCUAUCGGAGGGUGAAUGUCCAGAUCUCGACACAGGAUUCGACUGCAGCUUUGAGGAAGGAUACUGCGGUUGGGAGCAAGUGGUUAGCAACCAAGAUGCGAACUGGAAGUUGGAGCGUGGGACCACACCCUUAGCCGGACCAGGGAUAGAAUAUGACCACACCUUUGGCAAUAUCAAAGGGGUGUAUUGCUUACAUGAGAGGGGCGUCUCUUCCAUUGCAACAAUGAUAAGUCCAAUUGUUCCCGCUUCAAGUCAGUGGUAUCUCAGCUUUUGGAACCACAUGUAUGGAGCAACCGUUGGUACGCUCAGAGCUUACCAAAUCGUGGAGGGUUCCGGCAAAAAGAUUCUCUUAAUAAAGAGUAAGCACCACACCGGUAGAAGGGUAUGGGAACAGCAUGUGACCCAAAUCUUUAGCACCACUGGCGUCCGAGUACAGCUUGAGGCCACAGUCUCUAGCAGUGACGGUGAUAUUGCAAUCGACGACAUCUUGUUGACGUUGACAAGUCCGCCCGAUCCAGAUCCAGCUUUCGAUUGCGACUUCGAGGAAGGUCUUUGUGGGUGGAAUCAUCCUACAGAUGGUGACUUCAACUGGUAUCGGGAACGUGGAGAUACUGUCACAGAAGGCACUGGUCCCGAAUUCGAUCAGACUAUAGGCACACUCAACGGAACCUAUUUGUUAUUUGAAGGCAGAUUUGCCUUGCCCAAUGCAACGGCCAUCAUUCUCAGUCCUCAGGUGUCGGUGCCCUCAGGAUUUAACUGGAUCAUGAGUUUGUGGUACAACAUGUAUGGCCGUGGAAUCGGUGCUUUAAAUGUGCAUCAAGUACCAGAGGGACGCGGUGUCACAGCCGACACGCGUAUUUUCCAGCUGCUCGGGGAACAAACUAACGAUACAACCUGGCUUCAAGCAGUAAUAACCAUCAGAAAUGUGACCGCACCAUUCAACAUAGCAUUAGAGGGAGUGCCAGGUGUAUCUGAUAAGUCGGACAUCGCUGUCGACGACAUUCGGGUUGUUCCUGACACAGAAUCUCCUCGUGUCACUUGUCCCGAUGAUGUCCCCUCUGUCUCUACGAACCCUGGGGUGGAGUUUGCCGUCGUACCUUGGACACCAAUGCCAUCUGCCACCGACAACAUUGAUGUCCUUGAUUCGAACAGCAUCACUUGCUUCGACGAUGGAGGCAAUGUCGUGAUGUCAAGCAGCUCGUACGGAGUAGGCACAACGACAGUGACAUGCAACGCGACCGACUCCGCCCUCAACAUCGGAAAGUGUCAGUUUAAUAUCACCGUCGUCGCUUCAACAGUAACAGUUAGCCCAUCAACAACAGGAGUAACAAGUAUCAGCGAUACUCCAACGGGUGGCCUUGGAUCAUCAGCAACGUCGGCUGAUUUAUCAGCAACCGGCUCAACUAUCCAAGGCACUCCCAUGAGUGGAUCAGCAACAACAGCGGAUCAAUCAGCAACCGGAGCAACAACGAUUAGCGAUACUCCAAUGGGUGGAUCAUCAGCAACAUCGGCUGAUUUAUCAAAUACUGGAGCAACGAGGAUUAGUGAUACUUCUACUGGUGGAUCAGCUACCAAUGGCGGGCAAUCAUCAACAAGACCAACGACAAGCCGUGAUACUUUGACGGAAGGACCAGGAACAACAGGUGGACAACCAGUGGCUAGACCGACGACAGUCGGCGAUACUUUGACUAGUGGAUCAGCUACAAAUGGCGUUCCAGCAACAACUGUAUCAAUUGAAGAUUGCAUUACGACUCAAGCGUUCCUGGUCCAGCUCCGGAUCCUUGGGAUAGACGGGGCACCGGUGGUGUAUACCAAUCAGCUUGCCAACAAGGACUCACAGGAGUUUCAAGAUAUCGCUCGGAGAAUUGGCCAACCAGUGUCUAGAGCUCUGCGACGAGGGCAGAGGACAUCAACGAUUUGCAAGUUUGAGGUGGUUGCGAUUCGCAAUGGCAGCUUGUUGGUAAACGGCGUAGCCAGAUACCCAAUGACAGCAGUGGUGGACAGUAACACCGUUCUAGACGUGCUUCAUGUCGACGCACAGAUCGACAACUCGCUCCUUAUUGAUCAGUCGGUUUCAGUGGUUACAGCUGAGACUGAAAGCUGCCCGGCAAACUACUGCCAAAACGCCGGCACCUGCGUUCCAGUAGGGAGUUUCCCUGACCUCCAGUUUUCGUGCGAGUGCGCGGAAGGAUUCACCGGUAGUAAGUGUGAAGGGGAAGACCAACCCGCAAAUGGCGGGGUCAUCACCUUGGCGGUUGUUGCUGGUGUGUUGGCGGUCGCAGUGAUUUUCGCCCUUAUAUGCGCAUGCGCCAUGGUUAUGAUGGGAACUGCCAAGCGACAUGCUGGUGAUCGGCGGGAGAGAGUGCCAGUGGAUCUGAUGCCAACCGGGUACCGACGACCGCAGUUUAAUAGACCAGGCUAUGAUGGUAGAUUCUCGCCCUACUUCAUCCCCGGCCCAGCCUUGAUGCGAAGAAUGAACCAGGACUCGCUGGAGAGUGACUCCUAUCUGGACGACGGUCUUCGGGAUCUGGACCGCCGUAUUGACAACUUUUCCACUCCCUACAUCGUACCAGGACCUGCCCUGAUGCGCAGAAUGAACGAGGAACGAUAUGACGACGCUUUUUAUUAUUAGGAUCAGGACAGCUUGAGAAGGAAAGACCAUCUUGAGAUGACGUCAUCAUGACAGCUUGAAAGGAAGAUUAUCUUUAGAUGACUUCAUCGGGACAGCUUGAAAGGAAAGAAUAUUUUGGGAUGACGUCAUCUUGGCAGCUUGAAUGAAAUGCAUAUCUUGGUCUUGAGAUGACGUCAUCCAACAGUAACGUCUGAAUAGGAGACGUUUGAGAGGCGCGAUGGCAGCAAGCACAAAGGCCCUUUUCUAUUGUUGACGUCAUUUUGAGCAUGCGCACAAACCAUUGAAGCUGACCGGUGUGUUUGCUGCCACCAAGCGUCUCAAAAGUCUCCUAUUCUGCCUUAAAUACUGCGAUUGCAUAUUUGCAAAAUGUGCAGGAGGAGACGAACCAGUUUAUUCUGGUUUAUAUGGUUUUUUCCGGCCAAUUUCCUGAAAUGUUCAUUCACUUCUGAAAAUCGGUCAUUCUUUUUCGUCUGAAUUUGAAUGCACAUCUUUAAUCCCAUUUCAAUUCAACGAAAAUCCAAUUGUUUCCAUUGUCCGCGCAUUCGGUUUUGAGAAACAGAUGGCCGAUUACGUUACCUGUGCAUUCAUUUACGCAAGCAUACCUUUUCUAAAUUGAUUUCAGGUACAGCUAAUUUGAUUGAUGGUCAAUGAAAAAGAA